AUGGCUUCCACAUCGUUGGACGAACAAACGAUAAAUGAUGUGUUCGAUGUUUGUGAAAAGGUCAUUUUCGACGUUGAAGAGGGGAAACUAUCAAAAGAGGAUUUGGGCAAGAAAAUCCCAGAAGUUAGCGAGAGAUUGGAUGAUCUUCAAAAGGACAUUUCUGCGCUGACACUCUUCAGUGACAACGAAUUCUUCGAGGAAUUGCCCACUUCAUCUGUGAAAUUCCUUCUUGUUCCUUUCUUCAAAGCUAUUUGCCAUCUCAACUCGCUCUUUGAUGUAUCGACUAGAUAUCAGGAAUUGAAGGAUGCGAAAAUAAAUUUUAUGGAGUUUCUGCAGAGACUUCAAAGUUAUGAAGUGAUCACUUUUGCAUUGCCCUGGAAUCUCGAAAAUGAUGAAGUGGAUGUUGAGGAUGUGAAAAUCAGUCGUCCAUCGGGAGAAGAAUUGAGAAAAGAGAAACUCCGUCGUUCAGAAUACGAUCGCAACAUCAAAACCUCAUUGAUAAAAGCGAAAGAAGACUUCAAAAAGAAUCCGGACAAUGAUCAAGCUUUGCGAGAAAUUUAUUUGAUGCAACUUCGUCAAUCAGCGCUAAGAGCUCUCUCCGAGCUUGAGCAAAUCGAGACCGAGCUACCAUUUGCAAAAAGGAUGAUCGGAAGGGACAAUCAUCCAGUCGAACACAAAAAGCAUAAUCACGGCAAAAAGUUGAAGCCAUUUAUUUUGACGCGAAACGACGUGCAAAAGCAAGUCUUUGGCUUGGGAUACCCGGCGAUUCCAACAGUAACAGUUGAUGAAUGGGCCCAAGGGAUGGUCGAUAACGGACAUUGGGGCAGUGCCCCAUCUCAACAAAGACCACAAAAUGAUGAGGAAGAAGAGGAAUCAGACUCUGAAGAAGCACGGCAGAGAAACAUGCGAAUGGAUGAAUACAGGGACACCCAUCGACGAGGUUGGGGAAAUACGCACAACAAAGGA